CGACGGCUGAUGCCGCUAAAAUAAAAUAAGCUGGAAGGUUCAAAAGCGUGGGGUAACCGUGUCCUGCCUUUUUCACUUUUUCAUUGAUGGCUCAAUCUGUGCAAACUAAAUAUUUAACGUGUAAGAUCUCUAAGAUAAAAUGGCAGCCGGUACGUAGCCAUUUAGAAGAACAACCAAAUAUUUUUGUUACUGGUGGCUAUGAUGAACUGUCAAGGAAUCCAAUUGCAGUGUGGCUCGUUCCAAAUGAAGCUCAAAGUUACGAAAGCAAAGAUGAAGCAUUUGAUUUAGAACCUCAAAUGUUGUCUUCAGCAGACUUAACUGGAGGUGUUACAGAUUUAACAUUUAUGAAUGAAACCUCAAUUUUAUCAUCGUCCUCCAAUGGGGAUAUCAAUAUUCUACAUUUUAAUGAAGAUUACCAAAAACUAGAUUUGAAACACACAUACAGCAAAGUACAUUACUAUGCUGGGAAGGUUGGCUGUCCGUGCACAAGUGUGUGUUUUAAUGAGGAUAGUUCAAUUAUUGCCUCUGCAGGAGAAGAUGGCUGUAUCAAUGCUAUUAAAAAUGCUGGCACUCAAAAUGCUGUCACUAGGAUUGCUGUAGAUAAUGUAACGAUAAAUGGCAUCAGUUUCGUGGAUCAAAGUACAGUGGGAACUAUCAACCUGGUAGGCCAUUUAAAUUUGUAUGACAUCAGAAGCUGCAACAAAUCAAGUUCAAAGAAGUUUGCAGUCACAGGAAAUUUAAUGUCGUUGCUGUGCAUGGACCAACAUCCAUCUCAACCACAUAUUGUGUGUGCUGGAGGCAGUGAUGGUCAGCUGUUUGUCUGGGACCUCAGGUCAGAUGGUGCACCCAUUGCUAUCCACAAAGGACAUUCUGCAAACAUGUUAGAUGUGAAAUUUCAUCCUCAGAUGCCAAACAACUUGUUCACAUGUUCUCAGGAUGGUACUUUGUGGCACUGGCAGUCAUGCGAAUCUCCUAAUUCAUUCCAUCUUGAUAACUAUUUUAAAGAGUUUGCAGGAAAUAACAUCUCCAAUAUUUCAUCUUGGCUGUUGGAUGGUGAAAAAUCAAGCAGAAAAAUCGUCAGCAAUUUGCUUCCUGAUAAUAUGUUCCCAAUCAACACAUUGGAUGUAUCACAUAACAGGUUGAUCUGUGGGUUGGACAGUGAACAACUAUAUCUGUUUUCAAAUCUUGCAGUUCGAUAGAUUUAUAUUAUACUAUUUUCAGUUAUUGUAGAUGCAAUUUGUUUUUAACUCGAAUACAUACUAAAGUA